GUGUUUGUGUGUGUUCGUCUCAACGUAGCACGAAAUGUGUCUCCUCUCAGCAAAGACACACACACUAACGUGGGACGUGAUAGUUAACGGUUUUUGAUAUUGAAAGUUUUGUUUUUGUCGGCUUGACAUUGUUUUCGAUGUUAUUCUCUGUAUAUUAAAAAAAACAUUCCGCUUGCAAAAAUUCAUUUGGCCAAGAGCUGCCGACUUCGUUUCUACUAAAGAGUGUCCGCUUCCCCUCCCCUCGAUGAAGCGCUGCGAUGCCCUCUGAUUUUAUAUCCCUCCUUAGCUCGGAUCUCGACCUCAAUUCCCCCAAAUCUCUAUACUCUAAAGAGUCGGUAUAUGACCUCCUCCCCAAAGAGCUCCAGCUCCAGCCGUCGUCCACCCAGACAGAUCCACCCACCAUGAGCCAGAAGAGUGGGGGAGAGGCGGGACCUCCCCCCUCUGCAGCCGUGGCCUCAGAUGCCACCUCUUCCACCUCCAGCCCCUCUGCCUCUUCGUCCCUGGCCAUGGGAGCCCCAACCACUGGCUCCUCUACCUCAGACCAUCUCAAGGUUCCCCAGCAUCUCCACUCCACCGGAGGGGAUGGAGCUGGAGCUUCAGAGAUUCAAGGUAUGGAGGGUGCUGUGUCUGCCCCCAGCAGAGGCAACAGUGGAGCAAACACUGCAACAGGAGACGUAGGGUCAGGAGUGUUGUCAGGGUUAGGAGUCCAGCAGCCUCAGAACACCCCAUCAAAGCGGAGGCCUGUGUUGAGCAUAUCCCCGCCACCUGAGGACCUAUUUGACGACAGCCAGAUGUCCUGCCAAGAGGAGCCUGCCGUAUCUGGUCCAACAGGUCCAGACUCAGAGCAUAGCAGCAGCAUGUGGGCUGAUGACUCCGUCUCCAACUUCAGCUUGAUCAGCUCUAUCUCUUACAAUGACAACACGGAGGUGCCACGCAAGUCUAGGAAACGCACCCCUCGCCAGCGGCCUGGUCCUAAACCUGCUCCUCCGGAGGACAGCAUGGAUGUGUUUGAUGCUGACAGUGCCAAGGCCCCUCACUUUGUCCUAUCCCAGCUGGGCACAGACAAGAACAGUCCCAUAACCAGCUCUCUCGAGUCAGGAACUGCAGUGAAGGGUGGGUCACUGUCUACUCAGUAUCCCCCGAGGAGUGAUGGGAAAGAGCUAAAGAUCCUGGUGCAGCCAGAGACCCAGCACAGAGCUCGCUAUCUGACCGAGGGCAGCAGAGGUUCUGUCAAAGACCGCACACAGCAGGGAUUCCCCACUGUCAAGUUGGAAGGUGUGAGUGAACCAGUUGUGCUGCAGGUGUUUGUAGCCAAUGAUGCAGGCAGAGUGAAGCCUCACGGUUUCUACCAGGCAUGCAGAGUGACAGGACGCAACACCACUGCCUGCAAGGAGGUGGACAUAGAGGGCACCACCGUUAUUGAGAUCCCUCUGGAGCCCAGCAAUGACAUGACACUCGCGGUGGACCGUGUGGGGAUCUUGAAGCUGCGUAAUGCAGAUGUGGAGGCCCGUAUUGGUGUGGCAGGGUCCAAGAAGAAGAGUACACGUGCCAGGCUGGCCUUCAGAGUCAACAUCCCCCAACCUGAUGGAUCGGUCCUUACUCUUCAGGUCACCUCAUCACCCAUCCUCUGCACCCAGCCAGCAGGAGUGCCAGAGAUCCUGAAGAAGAGUCUGCACAGCUGCUCAGUGAGAGGAGGAGAAGAAGUUUUUAUCAUCGGAAAGAAUUUCCUCAAAGGAACCAAAGUUAUUUUUCAGGAGAAUAUUGCAGAUGAUAAUUCUUGGCAAGCUGAGGCAAAAAUUGACAUGGACCUUUUCCAUCAGAACCAUUUGAUAGUGACAGUCCCUCCGUUCCACAACCAGUCAAUCACUUCUCCAGUUUCUGUGGGAAUCUUCGUGAUGACCAAUGCCGGUAAAUCACAUGACGCCCAACCCUUCUCCUACACUCCAGACUCAGCCGAUAACUUAAAUGUCCCAACAAUAAAAACAGAGGGACCCUCCCUCAUCAAGACAUGUAUAUUUGAUGGCCAGAUUGAAUCUAUAGCUUCUGAGCAAACUGACAGUGCUGCCCCGCCUUCAAAAAGGCAAGAGGACACACCAAUGGAAGUGUCUAGCAAUCCACCAACCACAGACGUCUUUAAGCCCUCCCCUGACCCCCUUGUCGCAGUGCAGCAGACGCUGGAGCUCAGCUCUAGUCCCCAUCCAGGUGGUGAGUCUUUUCAGAGCCCAAUGCCCCUACAACCUGAAGAUGUGGAGCUUCCCCAGGUGCCGCCUGUCUUCCCCAGCCUAGAGUCUCUCGGCACCAUACAAAAGCCAGACAUCGCCCCCACAACCUCCUUCCCAGUGCCGGGCGAUACUACAAUCCCCCCUGUGACACCAGAAGUCCCACAGCAAUUCCUCAGAGACCCUCAGGACAGCAUACCUCCUGAGAGUUCCAGUAAUAGUGGAGGGGUCGUGGUUGUAGCCAUGCCCCAGAUAACAACUCCCUCUCAGCCACAGCAGUCACAGGUUCCCCUGUUCCCCCAGGAAGGGGUGGCCCAGCUGGAGAGGGCAGUGAGAGAGCUACAGGCUGGAGGUAACACCACGCUCCAGCAGGUGUUGGAGGCGGCUGUAGCCCAGCAGCAACUCAACUCUGUGCUGUACAGCCCCACUCCAUCUGCAGACUCCCUGCAGCAGCAUGUGCAGGAGAACAUGAACAGCCUCAGAUUGGGAACCACAGAUAAUUCACUAUCGCCACAGCAACAGCUACAGAUGCAACAGCAACAGCAGAUGCAACAGCAACAGCAGAUACAACAACAGCAACAAAUACAGCAACAGCAGAUACAACAGCAACAGCAGAUACAACAGCAACAACAGAUACAACAGCAGAUUCAACAGCAACAACAGAUACAACAGCAACAACAACAACAAAUACAGCAACAGUUUCAACAGCAUCAGCAACUACAACAAAACUUACAGCAGCAGCAGCAACAGCAGCAGCAAGUUCUUGGCAACAUGCAGAUCCAACAACAACUUAUAUUACAGCCGCAAGACCAGCAGCAAAUCAUGGAGAAUAUUCAACAGCAACAACAACAGUUGCAACAAAAUCAGCAACAACAAGUCCUUAACAACAUCCAACUUCAGGAUCAGCAACAACAAAAUCAAAUACUUACCAAUUUACAACAACAUCAGCUGCAACAGCAGCACCAAAAUCAGACAUUGAGCAACUUACAACAGCAACAACAACUGCAAGAGCAGCAGGUAUUAGAAAAUUUACAACAGCAACUUCAGGCUGAGUUGCUCCAGCCCCAGAUCCACUCCUCCCCACAAGUGCAGCAGCCAGUGUCCCUCCUUCAACAGGCUGGAGAGCUGCUCACCAUUCAGACCAGCUUCCCAACACAGCCUCCAUCCCACACGUCUCCCCCACAGCAGCUUUUUCAAUCGCCGCGGCCCCUGGCUGAGACCCAGAGCUCCCAGCAGCAGGUCCAGGCUGCCCUGCUCCAAAAUGCGCAGAUUGUUCUGGCCAGUGGUAGUCUCAACUCAGAGCAGCAGCCUACAGGGUCGACCCUUUAUCUGUCCCCAAACCCUCAGCCCCAACAACAGCCGCAGCAGCUGGCAUUUAUCGCCUCCAUGGAGACUUCUAACAGCCAACCCCAACCUGUUGCAAUGUUUCAGAACCAACCCCAAGCUCAACUUUCCCAAAUGCAGCAACAGAGCACACCCAUGGAGCAGCAGCAGUCUCCACAGCAGAACCAGCAACAGCCACCACAGCUUCCAUUGGGCCAGCAGGGCUCCUUGUUCCAAAAUAUCCCAAACCACUCACAGUCUAACCCUGUCCCUCAGAGCCAACUUUCCCAACCCCAGCAGACAGGUCUCCUCCUCUGCACCACUGACCUAAACCCCCAGGCUAUCCCCCCAGCUAUUCUCUUCAGUACCCAGACCCAGGGCCCUUCCCCUAUAGGGAGCAUUAGUGUUGGAAUCCCCCAGCCAGACCCAGCAGAGCCCAUGUCCUUCCAAGACCAGAGCUCCACAGGCAGCAACUCAACAUCCACUGAGAACCAACAGCAGAGCCUGUUCCAGGAACAGCAGCCAAUGCAAGUGGGCCCAAGUUCCAGCAGCGUGCCGAGCAGUCAACCAGUGGAGCUGUUCUUGCCUCAGACAUCUCUGUCCGGCCUGCAGAGCACUAUUAGCUCACAGGAGCUGAACAACCAGGCUCCAGCCCCUGGCACAACCAUCUUCGUGGUACAGGGUGGUGUGGGUGUGGUCGCCAACCCUGGCCAGCAGCCUCCAGAGCAGCUUUUCCAGACAGCUGUGGGUGGGAAUGUGGCUCCACAAGGACAGGCCAACCUGUUUGUGUUUGGCAUCCAGAAUGACUCGCCCCAGCUGCUCAAUUCCUCUGGGCCCACCCUGCCAGCUCAGGCCCAGUCCCAAAACUCCAGUCACAUGCAGCCUCUGUUGGACCAGCCCAUGGCCCAAGCUGCGUCCACAAUGCCAGCCCCCAUGCACAGCAGCUUACAGAACACCCUCCAGGCACAAAUGCGGUCCAGCUUAGAGAACGCCAUGCAGACCAGCCUACAGAACGCAUUGCAGACAAACACACAAACAGCUCUGCAGUCCGGUCUACAGGCUUCCAUAGAAACAAGCCUGCCAACUCCAAUGCAGACCAAUCUACAGACCCAGAUACAGAGCAGCUUACAGAAUCAACUGCAGGCAUCAAUAUCUGCAUCGUCCAACAUGAAUAAAAUUGAGGACCUACUGGAAAGCUUACAGAAGCAGUGAUAAAUGUUUGGACCAUGUGGGCACUAAGGAGAGUGAGUGAUAUGUAGCCGAGAGUUGUCCAUCCCUACGUCAACAAACAGAAAUGUGGUGUUUUGUACCAAUGCCACACAAUUUAAGAAUUAAAUGCCCCCUUUUACCUAAAACCCAAAUUAUGAGCUCAUGUAACUCCUUGUUUUUAUUGAAUAUUUAUAAUUAUUCAUAGCCUUCAUACAUCCAUUGUCCUUGAAUCGAAGAAUCCGCCUUUGUUAUUACCCCUCUUGCAGGAUCAGAGAGGCCUGUAAUAACUGCUUUAUCCAUCAGUCUCAGAAAUGCAGUGUUUUGUUGUUAGAGUGUUUUAAUAAUGUGAGCCGAAGAGAUGAAGAUAGAGAUAAAAACCUACCAGAUUUGGUGGAAAAACUGGAAAAGGUUAAAGAAUGUCAACGACAGGAAAACAGGGGGAAUAGCAAUGUGAUGGAGACGAGCCCUAUGAUAAACCAGCCGGCCAUGGAGUGAAUAUCAGAUUGCACUAAAGUGUUAGAUUUAGGCUGAAUCUCAUUUUGUGAGUGUGGAAACUCCAAUUUCACUCUGAGAGUCUGUGAGAUGUGUUUUUGUCUUUCCAUCAUGUGGAAAUAGAGGGGCACUUAUCUGGCCUGAAAACAAAUUAAUGUCACCACUCAAUUUUUGACAUGGAUAUUGCGAGAUUUGUUUGCAAUUGUCAUCAAUUUGACCAAAAUCUACUCUAAGAGUAAAAACGAUUAAAUUAAGUACAUUUGUAGAAUGUUCCGCCUCCGUCAUAUUUGCUGGCACGGCUGGAGUAUGCACACGAGCAGACUCUGUCAGGAGGAGGAGAGUUUAAAAUAUUGUUAUCAGGAAACUCAUUAAAAUGGGUAUUAUUACAUUCUGGUCGUGCAGGGGAUUUCUCCCACGUGCAGAAAGAGGAGCGACUGUUAAACACUCGCAAAUGAGAUUCACCCUGGUGAAUAAUGUGACUUUGUUUUGGCACCUCCCAGUGUUUUCAAAGGUUAAUCGUCGUCACUGGGUUUUCAGAAGCUUUCUUGGUGAAAUUCUAAAAAGCAUUCAACUAUGUAGUGUGUGUAUCUUUUGUUUUGUUUUGAAGAAGUUGGUAACCUUUACCAAAUUUAAUGUGGAUAGAAAGCAAAAAUUUCCACUAGUGAAAACGGAGUGUUGUGUGGUUUUAUAAACAUUUUAUCUCAAGCACUUUAUAACCUCUAGCUAAUCCUUAUAUCCGUCCACAGCUCUCUACUGACCCAGCUGAAUUUAUACUCUGAAACGUCCAGUUUGAAAAAAAAAAAAUAAGAGAACAAACACAGCAGUUGUCUUUGUAAAGGUAAACACAUCUUAACCAAGCAUUUUUACAUUUUUCUCAUGUCUGAAUAUUUUUGAGGUCUUGGACAUCUUUGUACAGAAUGUCGACUCACUGUUGAAUUCCUCUUUGUAUUCAGUCUCAGUGGUCCAGUCAAGUCUGUCUAACGAAAAAACAAAAACAGCCAUUCCCACAAAAGCAUUGUCGUUUGUCAGUGUUGGAGUGGUAAGCAGGCCUUUGUGUUUUACUCACUGACAAAACACCUAAAAUACAGAGUCAUUUAGUUUGUGCAUUGAAAUGAAGGAUUUUUCAUCGUAUUGCUAUUUGUACUAUUUACUGUUCAAUCUGUCACUUGAGACUGUUUUACCUUGUGUUGUGUUAGAUAUUUAAGUUUUUGUCUCAGUGUUGGUACCGCGUGCAGGUCGGCGCCAUGUGAAGUUGGCACCCAGUACCCGUCCCUUGUGUUGUGAACAGGGGGCUCACUGGUAAAUGAAAUCUCUGUUACAUAGAGGCCGCCAUUUUGAUUCUAUCUAUGGUGCUAUGUGCAGGAGUGAUGGGCACUUCUGAUGUGAUGUUAACAAGUUUAUACAUAUAUCAAUAGCACUGACAUUAAUUGUUAGUUUUGAAGCGGAGUCUAGAGAGCUGGCUGUUGUUGUGGGGUCAGACUGGAGUGCACCCAGGCAUACCAAAGCUCCUGUUGUGAAUCGCCGUCAUCUUGUCUCAUACUUGUCUUUGCAAAUGCCCUCAUAAUGUUUACUCAUUUGUACUUACUCGUUUAAAUUAUGCAGCUCUUAACAUGGAUAGUAAUUCAGCAUGUUGUUUUCAGUACAAGAUUUAUAAAAGAUAUGUAAAGGUACUUUGCUUCAUGGAUCAGUUUAACCUCUCAUUAACAUUUCCACCGAUUUGAUACAUUGCUCUAUUUUUUUUUAAAAUGCAAAAUAACACUGCUGUACUUUCCAUAUCUACAACCGUAGCCAAUUUGGCGUCUAUCAAAAAGCCAAUUUUUUGAGAAUAAUUCAAAUGUUAGAAUAGUGUUGCUCACAUAUGCAUUUGUUUACAUUUUCAUAGUCAUACUAUUUUGUCCUGCAGCUGUUAGUGAUCCAUUUUAAAGUAACUUAUCUUUUCUAGAAUUUUGUAUCCAUGUAUCAAAAAUGUAGAGUAUUUUUGUAAAACUAAACUUUUUUUUUUUUUUUUUUUUUUUUUUUGGUUUAUGCUCAUAGCACAGAAUAUCAUUGCUGGUAUGUUUUCCUGAAAUGAAGCGCAGGUUCAUUGUGAAGUGUGUGACUGCAAAACGAGUGGACAUCAAGCAGAUAUGUUGGAGCUUAAUUCUACUGUUAACAUUGACUUUACCCAACCUGUAUAACAAAAUACAUGGGCUAGGUUUUUCUUGUGUGUGUGCGUGUGCGUGUGCGUGUUUUGUUUUUCUUAUUUUAUUUUAUGUCAUGCAUCUCAAAUGGCACUUUGACUCAUCCAUUGACUGUAGAUCAGGUUAGAGCGCAGUAGUGAUGUUUUCCAAGCAUUCCAUUCCUCUUGGGGAGUUUAAGAGCACAUGACGUUGCGGGAAGAAGUGCGGAACAGUAAUGCCUCUUAAAGCCAUACCAACACAGAAAGCCAACCUGUGACUUCAGUUUCAUGAAUGUAAAUUUUACCUCAUGGUGUGGACAUAGAGCUUGCUCUACAUCUAACAUCGGACCAAUUACAGUUUUAGAGAACAUAUAUUUUGAGGCAGAGAGGGUGGGGUGGCACCAACUGUCAUUUGUAUCACUGUACAUUUGUCAGAUUGUUUUGUCUUGGACUGUGGUGUAAUUUCGUGCAUUUCACGUCCAGUCAUUUCAUUUUGAGCAAUCCGGGAUGCUCAGUCUGACUCUCCGAAUAGCCACUUCCACCUGAAAAAACCCACGUGAAACGUGAAUUUAACGGUGGUGAAGAUAGCACACAAAUCUUUACAAAAUAUCAGUUUUGUCCUUCAGUCAUGUAAAUGAAUAUCCAUGUAUAUUUAAAUGUGAAAUAUACUGCAGGGGUAUCUUGAAUUUCAAUUGUGAUGCUUUCAACAGAACUUUGUGUGCCUUGAUAACUUAACUGUUACUCUGCUGUGUUUACUGGUGUCCCUUUUGUGUCAUUGCCAUUUGGCUCCUUGUCCUUUUUAUUCUCUAGGACUGUUGAACAUCAGGACACUUUUCAGUGAUUGAAUUUUUAUUUCAAAACACAAGCAUAACCAUAGCCCAUUCAGAUAUAUUUUAGUUUCCGCAUUUUCUCUUUGGAAAUCCAUCGCAGGACUGAGUACUUUCAACAUAAUACUGUGCAGCUUCACCGGUGAAUUGUCAACUUGUUUGUUACUUUAUGUUGAAAAUGUUUUUCACGCCUCAUGAGAUUUGUACAUGUGAGGUAAAAGGGACGAGACCGUGGAGAUUGUUUUAUGGAGAGCUUUCUUGUGUUGAUGUGCUUGUCAACAUUACUAUUGUUGCUGUGAAAUGCUUGAUCAAAAGGAGCAACCAUGAUAAAUUAACUGUUAAUUGCCAAUAGUGUGAGCUGUAUCUUGUGUGUUAUCAGUUUGCUCACUUUUUCCUAGUUCGCUUUCUAUUUCACAUUCUCCAACAGUUCUGUUGUAUCCGUUCUGUGUAGCUUGAGCUUUAGUAUCUAGCCUUAAGACCCUGCAGUUGGGAUAAAGGUCAACCCCAGUGUGUUAUCAUACAUCUGAACUAUUAUUAACAUGUACUUUGCCUUGGUCUGGACAUUUGUAUACUCUUCUGUUUAUAUCUGUAAUCCUGCUGCUACAUUAAAUGAAUUAAUAAAAAUUUAAACGUC